AUGAUGGACUUCGACGCUGCUAAUGAUCGACCUUUUAAGAAAAGACGCUUCUUCGUUGAUGAUUCACCCGAUACGCCUCAAUCCGCUGUCGAACCUGGGGCCCCGGCAUUGAGCCUAGACGCGUCGGCACCAUCACCUUCGCGCACGGAGCUGGAUAAUGGGUUCAACGGCUUUCAUACUUUUCGCCUAGCGCCGCGAGUCCACAUGCCUGGGAAUGGUGGACCAGCACAGCAAGCGAUAUCCUUUCGUACAUCCCAGCAAACCCCCAAGUCACCAGAUCAAAAAGGUAUAGACGGGUUCGAUGCGGCGGCUUUCAUCAGCAUCGUGGGUGAGGAGGUACCCCAGGAAACGUUACAAAAAAUUCGAAAAAUGUCCGGUGGUGACCUCGAGAGAGCAAUAAAUAUAUACUUUGAUGGAUCAUGGAAAACAUCUGGAAAUGCGGGGUCAAGUCAAACGACACUAUUACCCCGUGAACCAAUCCCGGCACAGCCAGUCUCAUCGAAUGUGUCGAUAGCGAACGAUACAGCUCCAGUGCAGAAUGACAUGGAAGUUGCCGAGCCAGCGGUUCCGAGACGGAGUUUGAAAUCCCAACCUCCGCUAAGAUAUGUCGGAGCAUUCGGUGUAGGAGCGUGGGCCACUAGAAGUGGGCUAGGUUUUAUCCAACACGGUGACGAAGUUAGAAUUGAGCGUGCAAGAUCCCAGCCUCUCUCGACUCGUGGUCGUACCGGAAAACUAAGGGUCAACCAGAAAGGGGAUGUUCUCACACGCUUCACGAACAUCGCCGGCCAAGAGGUUGGAAGACUUCCCAGGGAAACAGCCGAAUGGGUGUCCACCUUGAUUGAUCAGAAGAUCUGUGAGUUUCGAGGCACUUGUGUUUUCGCUCCGGAUCGACUUAGAGUGAACGACACCGUUUAUCUGCAGCUCCGGUGUUACAUGCGAAUAGAAGCGUUCCAACCAGAGAUACUACAUCAAUCAUUGGAUGACAACAGGGCGACAACAAUUUUUGAGCAGGAAGAAAACACCGAGGAGAAACAGCUGCGUCUUCGCCAGGUCGCUCUUGUGAAUCUGUUCGACGAGAUUGGUCUCCAAGCUACAUCGCAGGACGACGCGACCAAAAAGCAGAAAAAGGAAGGAUUGCUUCGCGCGGCGGAAAUGGCAGAUCAAGAAGCCAAAAAAGUGACCAAAUCCGGAAACAAUGACUCUGAAGUAGAGGAGCCCGCAGAGCUCGAGGAAGAUCAACUUGAUGCACUCUAUAAGAAGGCACAGUCCUUCGAUUUUAACAUGCCUGAAGCUCAGCCCCCGCCGUCAUUUGCCUUGGAUCUCCGAAAAUACCAGAAGCAGGCACUGCAUUGGAUGCUUUCAAAGGAAAUGGAUAAGAAAUCCGGUAGAGAGGAUUCGAUGCAUCCGCUUUGGGAGGAGUAUAAGUGGCCCUUGAAAGAUGUCGAUGACCAAGAAAUGCCGACUAUUGAAGGAAUAGAUCACUUUUACGUUAAUCCCUACUCUGGAGAAUUGAGUCUUGAUUUUCCCGCUCAAGAACAACAUUGUCUAGGUGGCAUCCUAGCUGAUGAGAUGGGCUUGGGAAAGACGAUUGAGAUGCUGAGCUUGGUCCAUUCCCAUAGGAAUGUUCCCCCAAGCCAAAACUCUAGCAAUUUGACUAGACUGCCCACGUCCGGCGUAGUACCGGCACCAUAUACUACCCUAGUUGUUGCGCCAACUUCUUUACUCGCACAGUGGGAGAGUGAAGCUGUGAAAGCCUCCAAUGAUGGCUCAAUGAAGGUACUAAUGUAUUAUGGAAACGAAAAGGCCGUGAAUUUACGGGAAUUGUGUUCUACCAACAACGUUGAAGCCCCAAACGUGAUUGUCACGAGUUAUGGUGUGGUCCUUGCGGAACAUCGGACUCAACAAGCGAUAUCAGCGGGCGCCUCCUGGACGCCAGGAAACCUAUUCUCGGUAGACUUCUUCCGAGUCAUCCUCGACGAAGCUCAUAUUAUCAAAAAUCGACGAUCAAAGACAGCAAGGGCUUGUUAUGAUAUCAAGUCAACACACCGAUGGGUCCUCACCGGCACACCCAUUGUCAACCGUUUGGAAGAUUUGUUCAGCUUGGUGAAGUUCCUCAAGGUUGAGCCGUGGGAUAACUUUUCCUUCUGGAAAACCUUCAUCACUACGCCAUUCGAAUCAAAGGAGUUCGUACGCGCGCUUAGCGUUGUACAGACGGUCCUUGAGCCACUGGUACUUCGGCGUACCAAGACGAUGAAGACACCCGAAGGCGAGCCAUUAGUGCCAUUGCCCAAGCGGGCGGUACGAAUUGAGGAAGUUGAUCUUAUAGAGCAGGAAAGGGAAAUCUAUAAUCACAUUUUCACCCGGGCAAAGCAAACAUUCAACAGCAACGUGGAAGCCGGAACCUUGCUCAAGUCGUACUCGACAAUAUUUGCACAGCUCCUCCGUCUACGUCAGACAUGCUGCCAUCCAAUCCUUACGCGUAACAAAGCAAUCCUAGCAGAUGAGGAAGACGCCGCUGCUGCUGCCGAUCAGGCGAACGAGCUCAAAGAUGAUAUGGACCUCCAAGAACUUAUUAGCCGGUUCACCGCAACGACCCAAAACGCCAAUUCCAACGAACCUCAAGAUCCAUCGAUAACAUUUACUGCCCACGCAUUACGCCAAAUCCAAACAGAGUCAAGUGGAGAAUGUCCGAUCUGCUCGGAGGAACCUAUGAUCGACCCAGCCGUCACAUCUUGUUGGCACAGCGCUUGCAAGAAGUGCCUAGAGGACUAUAUCCAGCAUCAAACAGACAAGGGUGUCCAGCCUCGCUGUUUCUCCUGCCGUGCAUCCCUAACAGCGCAAGACAUUUUCGAAGUCAUCCGUCACUCGCCAAACUCCACACCCGCCGAACCACCCUCCUCUAUAGAUAGUAACGACCUAUAUGGCAGCUCUCAACCAAUACCUCGGAUCUCACUGCGAAGAAUCAACCCCCUCUCUCCAUCCGCGCAUACGUCAGCCAAAAUCCACGCCCUUCUCUCACACCUCUCUCGUGUCCCAGCCGGUACAAAAUCCGUCGUUUUCUCCCAAUUUACCUCCUUUCUGGACCUCAUUGGGCCCCAGCUAUCCAAGGCCGGAAUCUCGCACGUCCGUCUCGAUGGCACAAUGCCACAAAAGGCCCGCGCCGAAGUCCUAGCCCAAUUCAGUAAAACCGAUACCUUCACCCAGGAGGAACUCGAUCAGGCCGAAUCCACGCCUACCAUAGUCACGCCCGCACCGGGCACCCCGUGCACGCCCAAACCUCCUACCGCCCCAACCCAUAACCAGGGAGGAAGCCAUUCUUCCCCAACUGUCCUCCUGAUUAGUCUGCGCGCAGGUGGUGUAGGUCUCAAUCUUACUGCGGCCUCGAAUGUAUUCAUGAUGGAUCCCUGGUGGUCUUUUGCAAUUGAGGCGCAGGCGAUCGACCGUGUACAUAGGAUGGGUCAGCUACGCGAUGUAAAUGUCGUUCGGUUCAUUGUAAAGGACUCGAUUGAGGGAAGGAUGUUAAAGGUCCAGGAGCGGAAGAUGAAUAUUGCGGGGUCGCUAGGGUUGAUGGGAGGCGACGGGAAUGAGGAUGAAAAGAGGAAGGAGAGGAUUGCGGAAUUGAGGUUGUUGUUUGAGUGA